AUGAAUUCGACUCUCAAGUCGAUACCGAGAGAGCUAUGGGAUUCACCAUACAGCACAACCACACAGAUUAUCGUUUGGUUUAUUGUGGUGCUUUUGAGUUUGGAGACAAUCAUCGGCAAUGCGAUGGUUAUCAUGGCAUAUAAGCUGGAGAGAAAUAUCAGUAAACAGGUGAGCAAUCGGUACAUUGUUUCGUUGGCGAUCUCGGAUCUAAUUAUUGGAAUCGAGGGUUUCCCACUCUUUACAAUUUAUUUCCUCAAUGGCGAUCGCUGGCCAUUGGGGGCUGUCACGUGCGAAACGUGGCUUUUUCUUGAUUACACAUUGUGCCUUGUCUCGAUUUUGACUGUGCUAUUGAUCACCGCUGAUAGGUAUCUCUCCGUUUGUCACACAGCCAAGUACCUUAAAUGGCAGAGUCCAACAAAGACACAAGUGAUGAUCAUUCUCUCUUGGGCCAUUCCAGCAGUCGUUUUCGGCAUUAUGAUCUACGCAUGGAAAGCAAUGACGGGAGAAGCGGGAAGUAUGGAAGGCGACGAGUGCUCGGCUCCAUUUCUUGCAAAUCCUUAUGUAAAUAUGGGCAUGUACGUGUCCUACUAUUGGACAACGUUGGUGGCGAUGCUGAUUCUAUACAAGGGAAUACAUCAAGCAGCGAAGAAUCUCGAAGAGAAAGGGAAAGCCAAAGAGAGGAGACAUAUCGCUUUGAUAUUGAGUCAACGGUUGGGGACACAGGUUGGUGUCUCGCUGAUGUUACAACAGGACAAGGAAAGAGAAAGGAAGCUCGAAUUGGAGAGAGCUGAACGAGAGACGGAGACAAGGGAUAGCGCGUAUGCAACGCAGACGACAGCUAUUCUCUCCUCGGCAAACGCGACUGAUGAGUCUGGCGGUCAUUUGGAGAAAAUCGACGAGGUGCUUUCAAUUGAACAAACACCGGAAUUGCCGAGGAAAAGAUUGCAGGAUCACACGAGAGUGAUGAUCAGUUUUUCGAAUGGAUCGAACAACAAUUUCAGUCCGAAAAGACCGUCGACACUUGAUGAUUUAAAAAGUCACGCUCAAGAAGCCGAGGACGAGAACACGGACAAUGAAGAGGAUUCAUUGUUGGGAGAGUUGGAGAGUACGCCGAGUAGAAGAAGUAGCAAGAAGAGGAAUAGGAGCAGUUUGAGAUCAGUCAAAUCCGCCGAUACAACACAGUCCGAAAAAGAGAAACGAAAAGAUUCUUUGUCUUUGCUGUUUAAUGAAGAGGAUCUCUCUUCGGUGUUGCGGUUUAAAAGCCCGGGUCUGGCGAGAGGGGAUUCAAUCAAUGACUCUGAGUGCUCUUCAUCGAUUAUUCAAUUGAAUAGGAGAUUCAAGAAAGGUAGUUCAAAGAAGCAACGAUCAGUUCGAAUCAAUUGCAAGCGGAUAGAAGAGAUCAAGUCGGAGGCCCGUCCACACAAUCAUAUCCCACCCACGGCGAUCAAGCAAAAAUGCGAGGAGGUUGUAUGCGAGAAAUUGAUCCGAGACCGAGAUCACUGGGUGGUCAGCAUGAGGAGAAAGGUAGCGAGAGCCCUGGAAACAACGCGUUUCACCACAACCUUUCGUCAACGAAGCAUUAAGAGAAACUCCUAUAAACAGACAAGAGAGCGAAGUACCUCUUCGUCAUCGGGUGAAAACGAGGAAGAAUGUGUGAGGAAAGCGGCCAGUCCAACCACUCCACCGAAGAACAAUGAACCGAAACAUUUGCUGGCAGUGGCCGGCCAGUCGAGCUCCAGUCUUCUUUCACCACAUCCUGUCCAGCGAAAAGCCUCAACUUUUUCGACAGUGACCCGCGAAAGGAUGAUUAAUUCGAUCUUCUCCCCAAUCACUUUCUUCAGCAAAAGUCGAAAACAGACAAAAGCCGAGAAACGAGCGCAUAAAGCUUUUCGAACAAUCACUUUCAUUGUUGGCUGCUUCGCGAUUCUGUGGUCUCCUUAUUAUGUGAUGGCUACUAUUUAUGGUUUCUGCAAAGGCGAAUGCAUUCCAUCGAUUCUUUACAGCCUUUCCUAUUAUAUGUGCUACUUGAACAGCAGUGGUAAUCCCUUUGCCUACGCCUUGGCAAAUCGUCAAUUCCGCACGGCGUUCACUCGAAUGUUAAAGGGUAACUUCAACCGGAUUCGA